AACAUCAGUAUAAUCGGUAGAGAAGAGAAACCACAGAAAUCUACCAAACCCAAAUCUGAAAGAACGCCAAAGAAACGAGGAUUAAAAGCUCUGGGUUCUCAAGUCUCCUUGAAAUCUAUGACCUCCAGUAUAACUCGGCGCUCUACCCGGAGAAAUAAAGACCCAGUGAGGAAUGGAGACAGUAAUGAAAUGGAGGUUGAGACUGGAGAAGAGAAGAAGAUGAAACUUGUUAAACUUGAACCUGAUCCAGCUCCAGCAAACCAACUUGCAGAAGAACAAGCUGGAUCUCGGUUUCAAGGAGUUAAGAAUAUGUUUACAAGUGUAGUCUGGGGAGUCCCUUAUGCACAGGUAGUUGAGGAAACUACUUCUGAAGAAUUGAACACUUCAUCUACAGACUCAACUUCUAGAUGUAUUAUCUCUUAGCUUAGUACAGUUCUAUUCUAGACUUAACUAGUUCUAUUCUAGACAAUCCUGGUUCUAUUCUAGACUAGCCUGGUUCUAUCCUAGACUAUCCUGGUUCUAUCUUAGGCUAGACUGAUUUUAUCAUAGACUAUCCUGGUUUUGUUCUAGACUAUCCUGGUUCUAUCCUAGACUAGCUUGGUUCUAUUCUAGACUAGCCUGGGUCUAUUCUAGUAGACGUAACUAGUUCUAUUCUAGACAAUCCUGGUUCUAUUCUAAACUAGCCUGGUUCUAUCCUGGAAUUAUCCCAGACUAGCCUGGUUUUAUCCUAGACUAUCCUGGUUCUAUCCUAGACAAUCCUGGUUCUAUCUUAGACUAUCCUGGUUUUAUUCUAGACUAUCCUGGUUCUAUCCUAGACUAGCUUGGUUCUAUUCUAGACUAGCCUGGAUCUAUUCUAGUAGACGUAACUAGUUCUAUUCUUGACAAUCCUGGUUCUAUUCUAGACUAGCCUGGUUCUAUCCUAGACUAUCC